UUGCGAAUGUUCUCAAUUCCCUUGAAAUAAUCUAAUUAGAUAAUUUUCUAAUUUCUAUCAUUUAUUUUUCGAGUAUAUUGAAUUUUUCAAAGAACUAUACAGUUGCGUUAAAUAGCUUUGCACCGUUAUUGCAUACGGUUAUAACAGGAGAGAAGUGGCAUUAUAGAAAAGACCUAUUUGCAUUCCGUGCUGGUAACCUCUCGACGGUCUUAACGGGCGUUGAGCUGAUUCGCAAUAAAAAUAAUUAUACACGAAGAUGCCGCAUUUUCGCAUUGAAACUAACGUGCCCAAAGGUAAAAUACCCGCUGACCUACCGGCUAAAAUUGCGCAAACCCUUUCCAAAGUUCUGGCGGGUAAACCACUCAACUAUUGCGCAGUGACGGUAGUCGGCGACGUAAACACCUCGUUUGGGGGCGACGCAACUAAGCCCGCUGCUCAAGCUACACUCAUGAGCAUCGGAGCGCUCGGACCAAAGGAAAACGUCAAAAUAUCCAAGGCCUUGGCUGAGGUUGUGGAACAGUCGAUCGGGGUGCCGAGCGACAGGAUGUACAUCCAUUUCCAGAAUGCAGCGGCCAGCGAUGUGGGUUACAAUGGUACGACAUUCGGGGAAAUCUUCGGCGGUUAAGCCGUUUGUCCAAGCUCUCCCAAUAACAUCUAAAAAGUCACCCAGGGGCCUAAAUUUUCAGAAAAACUACAAUUUAUUGAGUGUUCCUGUUUUUAUUGCUUUUAUUUUUUAUUUGAGUCCGUUUUGUGUAAAACAAUACUAUGCUCUAAGUGUUUUGUUUGAAUAAAUAUCUUUGGUUCAGCCUUA